AUGUUCAUGCGCAAUCGCGCCCAUAUGUGCAACUACUGCAGCACCAUCGACGAAGCGCAUUACAAAAGACACCACGAGCUCGUGGUUCAGCUACGCAGUAUCUACGAAAGCUGUGGCGAGGUGGAUUGGACCAUCGUACCAGCAGAGCCUGGAGAUCCAAGGAGAGGCCGACCAGUCGACCCUUCGUCAGGCGACAGCGAGUCAGAUAACGGCAGCCUCACACCAGAAGAAACUCCAGUCUCUAAACGCGGACGCAAAGAUGCCAAGUGCCUUGUCAGAGCAGCAAGCCGUGCGAGGGUUGUUACCCAAGAAGAGAUCAAAUACGUAGACUCGGUACUUCACACCGCCGAAGGAAUCUCCAGCAAUGACCGUGCCGAUCCUGCCAAUCUCGAAGACCUUCAACUUAUCGAAGCCCAUCUUCGUUACAAUGCCAAUGUCUACAACCAUCAUGCAAGCCGGCACGAUCUGAGGAAGUUUGCUAUGAUACCCGAUUUCGAUGUCGACUUUGACGCCGAGAUGGAGAGGGUUCUAUAUACGUUCCGCAUUACUGAGCUUGCUAAGCGCAACCUCAAAGAUCGCGGACUGCAGGGAAAAGAGCUCAAAGAGUUCGACAUCUCAGUCGAAGCCUUCAGGACUGCUGCUGUGGAGGACCUUGUGCUUGUGAAAAAAGAUACUAUGGAGAUUAGAAUGCGUCGUGCAGGUUACUUGCGGUACACCAGCAAAACCGCGUACCAGAUCGUCGAGGACAGGUAUAGCGACAAGGAUUGGAAGACCGGUGAACGCAUCGCCUCGUCCUCCAGCGACUCCAGCAGUCUGACAUCGCCUGCCGAUGAACUCGUUACACUCCCUACUGAAGCCAGUAACACCGUAUCGAUGCCCGCCGUCCACUCUACACAUGAUGCCGAUAGACGCCACCUGGAACAUAUCCAUGUUCGCAUCAGCGGAAACGAUGGUCUUAGACAGACCGUGAUCGAGCCCUAUCACACGCCCUUACUCCCAAUGACGCCCAACACUGCCAUCAAAAGGCCUGCCAUCCUGCAGCUAAAGGUAACCCAGAACAAGGAAAACAAGGCACCUGCUGAGGCUAUGAGCACUGAUCGGCUACGACAUGGCAUGGCGUGGCAGACAGUCCCGCGUCGAUCGCUCUAUGCCUCAGAGAAGAAGUGCUUACCACUACCUCCGCCAUCAACCAGGCCAAGGAGCUCGAAUGAACCAGGUAUUGUUGCUAAGCCGCUACAGACUUCUGACCCCCCUCCAACAGUCAAGUCAGGUCCUGUAGCGAAGCACUUAAGCUCGGAUGAAUAUGCCUUGUCCACAUGGAAACCGAACAUGGAUGUGUUCAAACUAGCCUCAACAAAUUCUGACGCUCCCGCUGUGCAGGCACCCAUAGAUGAGGGGGCCGUCAGCCUCAAGGGGCCUGACCGCACUUUGACGCUUCAGAAUGGCACUGAGGACGCGCAUCCGGUUGUCUCUCAGAAAAAGGCAAAGAAGAUGCAACGCGAGGCCAGGCGCAAAGCCAAGAAAAUGAGCGACCUCGAAACCACAUCAAGUCCCACAGCUUCAGCCGGUGUCGAUGGCGAGGAAUAUCCACAAGCCCUAUACGAGAUGUCAUCGAGUGCUUCGAAGGUCGACGAGUCCUCUGAUGCUGCGGACCAAACGACAGCACACACCCGUGCACCUGAGCUGAAAGCGCAUACGAACAAUGACAAGAUCGAGCCAAACUUGCCCAAUAUCGUGGUCGUCCCAGCCAAGGACGAUAUGCUCGAGAUCUCAGCUGGGACGACUGCGCCUGUCGUGAUUUAUACGACUUAUGGCAAGCAUGAUCAUUGGACACGGUUUGCGCGUGUUUUUAUCGUCGAUCAGUUGACAGCCCCGCUUCUUCAGUCCUUCGAAAUAUGUUCUCAUGAGUCAUCAUGUUGUUUCGAGAGCCAUGGAAUAUCGGAUUGCCCUUUCCAUGAGCCGCACUGUCCCUGCGUGGAUCCGAUGAACAACCUAUGCUCCCUCGUGUAUCCUGACAAGCAUACUUUAUCCGCUGGUCCGUACAACCGCGCACAAGGUGAGCGAAUGAUGUCUAUGUACGAACAGCAUGACCGGACCAAAGGCCGAGUUAUGCUAAUGGAUGAUGAUAUCGCCACUUACUUCGUGGGCAAGACUAUUUUGAACGGCAAACUCAACUAUGCCAGCAUGCCGACUCGUCUACUGCGAGAACAUACCGAGUUUCAAGAGGGUCAUGAGCGUGGCCCACUCAUGAAGCAGGAGCUAGCCUUUUACCGCAUGUACCUCAAGAACAUUGCCAUGAGUCAUCCUCUUACCAUGCGCACGUUGCAGGGCAUGCAGUACCAGGAGGUUGACUACAAGGGCUCAAGCAAGCUGCGCUACUGCUACUGCUACACUGAGAUACAUAAACAGGAGCCCAAAGAAGGCCUUGUAGAGUGCUCGUUUCGUGACUGCGAGUUUGGAGGUGCCUUCCACAAACGCUGCGUCAAGAAACUGGGGGUCGAGAAGGUUAGUCGAUGGUACUGCACUGCUUGCGAGAAGCAAAUGAAGAUCGUGGCGCACGAGGUCCUGAACACUCAUGGCGUUGACGACGUUGCUGUCAUUGGUCGUACGGAGAGGACCGCAGGGAUGACGGACAAGGCUGGCAGCGUGGUGGGUCCUCUCAAGUCGCGUCUACAGCACUUGUACACUAGAAAGACUGGCGACGAGUUAGCCGUUGAGGACGUCGAUUGA